CUGCAUUUAAUAAUUUAGACAAAUGAAUAAUUUGUUGCUCCGGUUUACGAUUAAGGCAGUUGCACAUCCGUAUCGAACGAUGUCUAACUUUAUAGAAAUUCCAGUGCAAACUAAUAAGCUAAUACAAUUAACUAAAACUACAAUAGUGCCAAAGUUAAAUGACAAUAGACAUAAAGGUCAAUAUGGCCGCAUUGGAAUUAUUGGAGGUUCAUUGGAGUAUACUGGUGCACCCUACUUUGCAGCAUAUACCUCCCUGAAAGUUGGUGCAGACUUAGCGCACGUAUUUUGUUCGAGAGAAGCGGCUGCUUGUAUUAAAUCAUAUAGUCCAGAAUUGAUUGUGCAUCCUCUGCUGGAUGUUGACGAUGCAUUGCAAAAAAUUGAACCUUGGCUAGAACGGUUGCAUGUAUUGGUUGUCGGGCCAGGCCUUGGCAGGGAUCCAAAUAUUUGUAAGACUGUUAUAAACCUGAUCAAUAUGUGCCUCAAAAUAAAUAAACCACUGAUAAUUGAUGCUGAUGGUUUGUUUUUAUUAAAUGAAAAUAUUGAUAUAAUUAGUGGUCAACGCAAUAUUAUAUUAACUCCAAAUGCCAUAGAGUUUCAACGCCUAUUUAGCAAUAAUGAUAUAGAGAAAAAACAAAAAAUGUCCAAAUUAGGCCGAGGUGUAAUUGUUUUAGAAAAAGGUAUGGUCGAUAAAAUACAUUUGCCGAGCACAGGUGAAAUAUAUACAAUGCCUACUGGUGGCUCAGGUCGUAGAUGCGGUGGACAAGGAGACUUGUUAUGUGGCUCGUUGGCUAUAUUUUUUCAUUGGUGUUUAGAAUCUAACCAAUCAAAUCCGGGAUUUUUAGCUGCCUUUGCUGCUAGCUACCUUGUAAAACAAUGUAAUUACAAAGCUUAUCAGAAACAUAGACGUGGCAUGCUUGCUACUGAUAUGUUGAACGAAAUUUCUGGAGUAUUUAACGAAAUUUUUGAAAAUACGGACGUUUGUUAGAAUUACAGCGAUUAUAACAGCAAUUAUAUAUAUAUAUAUAUAUAAACAUAUAUAUUGUUACAGUAGACUGCAGUGUUUUUUUCC